AUGGUGAGAGAAGAUGUGGAAACAGGGGUGCACCUUGAUCCUGCUAUCAAGGAAGUUCAAUACAAUCCCACUUAUGAAACUAUGUUUGCACCUGAGUUUGGACCAGAAAAUCCAUUUAGGACUCAGCAAAUGGCUGCACCUAGAAACAUGCUUUCUGGAUAUGCAGAACCAGCUCACAUCAAUGAUUUCAUGUUUGAACAACAAAGAAGAACAUUUGCAACCUAUGGUUAUGCAUUAGAUCCCUCUGUAGAUAACCCUGAAGCUGCUACCAAAUAUAUUGGUUCUGUAGAAGAAGCUGAAAAAAAUCAAGGUUUAACAGUGUUUGAAACAGGACAAAGGAAAAUUGAAAAAAGGAAGAAAUUCAAGGAGAAUGAUGCAUCUAAUAUUGAUGGUUUUCUGGGACCAUGGGCAAAGUAUGUUGAUGAAAAAGAAGUAGCCAAACCAUCAGAAGAAGAGCAGAAGGAGUUGGAUGAAAUAACAGCUAAGAGGCAGAAGAGAGGAAAACUGGAAGAUGAUAAACCUGGAGAGGAGAAGACUAUAUUACAUGUUAAAGAAAUGUAUGACUAUCAGGGGAGAUCUUAUCUUCAUGUCCCUCAAGAUGUUGGAGUUAAUCUGCGUUCAACAGUACCACCUGAGAAGUGCUAUCUUCCAAAGAAACAAAUCCAUGUGUGGUCUGGGCAUACAAAGGGUGUCAGUGCAGUCAGAUUGUUUCCUCUGUCUGGGCAUAUACUGUUGUCUUGCUCUAUGGAUUGCAAAAUUAAGCUAUGGGAGGUAUAUGGCGAUCGAAGAUGUCUACGAACAUUUAUUGGACACAGUAAAGCUGUUCGAGACAUCUGUUUUAACAAUGCAGGCACUCAGUUCCUUAGUGCUGCAUAUGACCGCUAUCUAAAACUCUGGGACACUGAAACAGGGCAAUGUAUUUCAAGAUUCACCAACAGGAAGGUUCCUUAUUGUGUCAAAUUCAACCCUGAUGAAGAUAAACAAAAUCUCUUUGUUGCAGGGAUGUCAGAUAAGAAAAUUGUGCAGUGGGAUAUUCGAAGUGGUGAGAUUGUGCAGGAAUACGAUAGGCAUUUGGGAGCUGUCAACACCAUUGUGUUUGUGGAUGAAAAUAGAAGGUUUGUGAGUACAUCUGAUGACAAGAGUUUAAGAGUCUGGGAAUGGGACAUUCCUGUAGACUUCAAGUACAUAGCUGAGCCAAGUAUGCAUUCCAUGCCAGCCGUGACUUUGUCUCCAAAUGGGAAAUGGUUGGCUUGCCAGUCAAUGGAUAACCAAAUCUUGAUUUUUGGAGCUCAGAACAGAUUCAGAUUAAACAAAAAGAAAAUUUUCAAAGGUCACAUGGUAGCUGGCUACGCUUGUCAAGUGGACUUUUCACCUGAUAUGAGCUAUGUGAUAUCUGGAGAUGCAGAUGGGAAACUAAACAUCUGGGACUGGAAGACAACAAAACUCUACAGCAGGUUAAAAGCACAUGACAAAGUCUGUAUUGGUGCAGUGUGGCAUCCACAUGAAACAUCCAAAGUCAUCACGUGUGGUUGGGAUGGUCUGAUUAAACUGUGGGACUAAGGAGGAUGCUACAGAGACCUGUAAAAGUGCAAGUCCUGCAUACAUCUGAGAUUAGGGUGCAUUCUGCUGUAAGGAUGGCUAGACAUUUGUAAUACUGCAAUUCUCAGCUCACUGUAUAUAUGCACUAAACCAGGAAAUUCAGAAGACUCAAGUGAAAGGAUAUAGUUCUAAAUAUGGCAUCUGGGAAUGAGAAGCUAAGCUGAGGUCAUCUGAAGCAUGCAGAAUCAUGUGCCAGUUUGUCUUGCCUCUGCUUGUGCAAAACAGUUUUGUAAAAUAAAAUAAUUUUAAGAAAAACUAUUUUGUGGUUCUGGCUAUCAGAGAGUUUAAAGAAAAAAGCAACAGUUGUGUAACUUUCUUCCUGAGAAGAAAUCUUUGGUACCUACUGCAAUAAAGCUGGAAAAGAUAAGCACAAUUACACUUGCUGAGAUUUGCUAGUUCACAGUAGAAAUGAAGAAUUAAUUGGAAGCUAGCAGUUGUCAGGUGAACUCUUAUCAACUGAAGAUGCCAUUCAUAGUCUUACUUUCUGUUUGUAGAAUCAUGAGGAUCACUCACUUUCACCUUUGCAAGUUGUCUUCAUUUUCAGGGUUUUCCUCAUAUUUUUUGUGGGCUGUGUGUUGUUUUUUUGUCUUCCCAUAUGCUAUUCUGUUUAUAAGCAUGACAUAUUAAAAAAAAGGUGAAUGUCUCUUGUUUUGUUUGGAAUAGAUUGUAUUAUAAACCCCAUGAAGGUUUUGACAAUUUAAUGUAUAUAUGUCACACUUUUUCUC